AUGGAACGCCAGAAGAUACGGACACUAGCACGAAAGCUGAAGGACUCCUGUGAUGGCUGUUCCGCGUCCAAGCUGCGAUGCGACAAGCAAAAGCCGACGUGCACCCGUUGCGCAACCCUAAACCGCCCGUGCAGGUACAGCCCAGCUCGUCGGGGCGGACGACCGAGGAGCGAAAGCGAGAGUCAGAGCCUGGGCCAGAGUGAGGGCCAGAGCCAGAAUCAGAGCCUCCGGCUACGUUCUGCGGCGCCAGGGGCAAAUAGUAGCAACGGCGUCUUCGCGGAACCUACUAGAUUCCACGGCCGGACCAACACCGCGGAGAGCUGCGACAAUGGCUGGCUUUCCAACACACAUACGAUAAGCCAUCACCGGAAUUGCCAGCCACAUACACAAGAUACUGGAACCUGGUCGUCGCCGGGUAACAAGACGAUGACCACGAGGCUUGCCUCGGAUGCCGCCGAGACCGACUGCACCAAGGUUGCUCUGUCGAUUGUUCAGCAGCUGGAAAUGAGCAAGGGGCGGCGCGCGCCGGCGACUGCUCCCACAUGUACGGACAGCGGCGGCGGCUUGACGGCUACAGAGGCGUGCCAGCGAUUGCUGACCAUCCUCGUGUGUCCCUGUUCAGAGCAGGUGGAGGUGGCGCUUCUGGUAGCGUCAGGGUGCAUUUCGCUGAUGGACAUGGUGCAUGGCUCUGCUGGCCUUGAUGACGAGGGCCCAGUGAGCAACGCGUCGUCUAUAGGGGCCGAUGGCAUGCCCAUCAGCCAUGGGCUCGGCUCGUGUCAACAAGAUACACCCGUGUGGUCGCGACCGCAGUCACCCCAAUCCCCACGCAGCUUUGCCAACGACGGCCAGAGUCAGGUUGGGGAUUUAUCCAAGGUUGCCAAGCUGGUGUUUCAGUUCACGGAAAAGUACUGCCAGGAUACGACGGAAGCGCUGGGGGCGCGCUGGACGCACACAGCCUGGGUUGUUGGGCCGGUGGCGGCGAUGCUUCGGUGCAGGUUGCAAACUGUCACACAUGGAGUGGCAAGACGGCUGGUGUUUUGA